UCCAAACACGUCACAUUCAAGUUUAUUCUAAAGAUUUUUCUCUCCGGAGACGUUAAGAGAAGAAACAGCCAACGGAUUAGGGAUCUUACCGUUCUGCGAUUCGCCGAGUUUGAAGCUUUUUUUAGAGACUUCAAUGGUGAGCCAAGGAAUGGUAUCUCUUACAAAGUCUCUAUGCACUAUGACUCCAAGAGUCCGUCUCAAGAAUCCGAAUAUGUUGCAGAAACUAAAGACUGGAUCUUGUAAUUUCCGUUUCAGAAAUCUCCGUGUCUUAUGCACACCAAAGCUGUCUCAGUGGGAACCGUCACCUUUCAUUCAUGCUUCUGCAGAAGAAGCUGCUGAUAUAGUAUUGGACAAAACCGCGAAUGUGUUCGAAUCUAUUGUCUCCGAGAGUGCAGAGGAAGAGAAAGUAGAUAUGUCAGCGCAACAACGAACUAAUUCUCAAGUUCAGGUACUUAAAUGGCCAAUAUGGCUUUUGGGUCCAUCUGUUCUCCUCACAAGCGGUAUGGCGCCUACUUUAUGGCUUCCGUUGUCAUCGGUUUUUCUCGGUUCCAACGUGGUUAGUCUACUUUCUUUGAUCGGUCUAGAUUGCAUUUUCAAUCUUGGAGCAACCCUUUUCCUCUUAAUGGCUGAUUCUUGCGCACGUCCUAAAGACCCAUCACAGUCCUGCAACAGCAAACCACCAUUUAGCUAUAAGUUCUGGAACAUGUUUUCACUCAUAAUCGGGUUUCUAGUCCCAAUGUUACUUCUCUUCGGAUCCCAAUCUGGCCUUCUCGCUUCUCUCCAGCCCCAGAUUCCUUUCCUCUCGUCCGCUGUUAUCCUCUUCCCGUACUUCAUUCUCCUUGCUGUUCAGACAUUAACAGAGAUCCUCACAUGGCACUGGCAAUCACCGGUCUGGCUAGUCACACCAGUUGUCUACGAGGCUUACCGAAUCUUGCAACUGAUGAGAGGGUUGACACUUAGUGCAGAGGUCAACGCACCGGUUUGGGUGGUUCAUAUGCUUCGUGGGCUUGUCUCUUGGUGGGUAUUGAUCUUGGGAAUGCAACUCAUGAGAGUUGCUUGGUUUGCUGGUUUUGCAUCUAGAACAACAACAGGUCAGCAACCACAAUCUGUUGCUUCUAAGUAAAGACAGAUAAAUGUUUCUUCGUUUAGUUUUUAAAGUCAUGUCAAAGAUUUGUAACUCUUUCUUCACUGUAUAGCUUUUAUUAUUCGUGGGUUGGUGAUAAGGAUUAAAAAAAAACACAUAUUCUUUAUGAUCAUAUUCGCUCUUUUAGUUAGGUAUGUGAUGUUAUUCAUUUCAAUAUUAAAGGCUGAUAGGUUGACGUUAAGGUUGAGAAUAUGCAAAGGUUGACACAGAUUCCUGUCAAAGAAAGACAUUUAAGAAUUUACGAAAAAUGAUGAAAAUGUUUCUCUUAAGAAAGUAGAGCAUAAUGUCGAAUAAGACUAGUUUAUAUGGUUUUGUAUUUUUACUAAGUCAUGUCAGAAAGAAGAAGAAAAAUAUAUGUACUGUGUUAUAGCCUUAUAAGUAAUAGGUUUUUGCAUUUGGUGAGUACUUGGUAACAGUAAAAAAAAGAAAGUUAUACGUUACGUUGUGAAAUAUGAUCAGAUUAUAAUGUAUAUUCUUUACUUU